AUGACGCUUUUUUUCUACUCGAGUGAAGUAUAUGAAUCAUCUCUGAAUUUAUUGAUAGUGUCUAAAAUAUCAUCUGAAGCCCGUAUAGUAGUUGGUAACACCGGGAUGAUGUUCCUUGAUGUUGCGGUGGGAGCAGUGAAGGCGGACCUAGGAAGCAGCGCCAGCGGUGGCAGUGUGGAAGGAGCGAGCUGCAGCAGUAGCGCCGGGGCGGUGAGCAGCCCCAGCAGAGACAGCGAGAGCAGCGGGAGCGAGGACGGGCCGCACUCCAUCCCCCCUUACCCGCGACAGCAUCCUGGACCGGCGGCGAGUCUCAGCAGCAGCAGCAGCAGCGAGUCGACCGGCGGGCUCCAGGCGCUCAGGACCGCUCUGUCCAAGUUCCGCGUUCCCAACCCCAUCGCCAUACAUUCCAAGACCGGUUCCAGUGCGACCAAACACUUGGAUCGACAGCAGCAGCUGAAGGAACUCGGUCAUUCCCAGCCGGAAUCCUUAGCCGUUCGCUACACCAGCUUCCCCGGUUGUGGCGGAAGGAAAAGUCGCUCCGAGGGAGGAAGCGCUCGACGUCGACGCGUGCACAGCCCGGCGCCGAGCCUCCGUUUCAGCACAGGGCGACCGCGGAAGCCCGGCGUCCCCCUGCAGGCCUCGCGGUCCCCGCACCCUCACUCCGACCCGGACUCGACCGGGAGGGACUGCGACUGCGGCGGUCGGGGUCGGUCGAGCCUCGCCAAGUCCCAUUCCCUCGGCUCGGCCGAGAACGUCGACGCGAGUGUCGCCGGCGGGAAGCGUCCCCGCUCCAAAUCCGCCGAACGCUUCCAGGCGCUCCGCAUCAACAACAAUAACGACAGGAAGAACCGCAACAACAGCGAACGUCGACAUCACCGCUCUCGUUCCCUGGAGAAACAUUCGGGUCACAGGUUAGAAGGGACGUUGCUCCGCCUUGAACUGGGGACCCGGACAGUGUACAGGAACUACGAGAAAAGAAUCUUGGUGGAGGGGAAAGAGGAAGGAGAUUUUCAUUUGGACGGAGAGGCAGUGGUGACCCAUAUAGUGAUGCCGCGCACACCGACGGACUCCGGCGGUCCCUUCAUCAAUAAACCCGCUCUCGGCUGGCUUCAUCCCGACACGAAGAUCGCCAACGAGGGCAUCACCUACGGCGUCCGGAGCGCUGAACGGGUCGGACUUUUGGGACGAGACCCGAUCGGCCCCGCGCCAUCUUCAGGCGCUGGCCAGACCGCGUGA